UUCUUUACCAAGGGACCCCCUCAGUUCCAUUUCAUGCCCAUCUUUAUUUCUGCUGCAUAUUCAUUCAUACUUCUAUAUAGGAGUAUGUUCGAGUGCAAUAAAAGUGUAUAAUCCUCUAUUUUCAGCUCAAACUAACCAAAACUUGAAUCUUGGAAAUCAGAAGAGUUGGUUAUAGAUGCACUCAAAACUCUCUGUAACCCAUUUCAAUCCAUGGCCUAGCUUCCGUUUAAUCCCCUUCAGCCAUGGAAAUUUCUGUGAGAUCAAGUGCUGUGCUGCAAAUUCUCCUCCUCCUCCUUCAGACCACAAGUCUCAGUUCAGGCUCGUGGGUCCGUCUUGGGUUGAUAAGCGGUGGAAGCUCAAUGAAAUUGAUUCCGCUGUUGUGCAAGAAACCUUAAACCAAUGGCUAUCAAAGACCCAAGACUUCUUGAGUGAAGUGACUUCUCCGCUGGUGAAAACUGUACAAGAUAGAAAGCCUAAUCCUGGAAAUAUACUUGAUACUGAAGAUACAGAUGACAUCUUCAUGGCAGAACAGACAAUUGAUAGUGCAACACCAAAUGGGAAUCUAUCUUUAGCCGCUAUUGUUUCCAUUGAGCAAUUCAGCAGGAUGAAUGGAUUGACCGGGCUGAAAAUGCAGAAGAUAUUUAAAGCACUUGUUCCUGAAUCUGUAUAUAAUGAUUCCCGGAAUUUGGUGGAGUACUGCUGCUUUAGGUUCUUGUCGAGGGAUAGUUCUGAAGUUCAUCCAUGCCUCAAGGAACCUGCAUUUAGGAGAUUGAUUUUCAUAACCAUGCUUGCAUGGCAGAAGCCUUACAGCAAAGGAAAGGGUCAUCAAACUAUUGCAUCAGAAAAAGCUUCUUUUCAGAGGGGGCAUGUGCGGGAAGAGGCUUUUGUUCGUAUUGCUCCUGCUGUUUCCGGUGUGGCUGAUCGGUCAACUGCACAUAACCUUUUCAAGGCUCUUGCUGGUGGUGAACAGGGAAUCACAUUUAACACGUGGUCCACAUAUAUUGAUGAACUUCUCAGAGUGCAUGGAGGACGGAAAUUAUACAAGCUUCAAGGAGGUCCACAGCACAAUAAUGAGAUAAUCCUGUGCCUUGGUUUAAGCAGGAAGCGGCCUGUCCUGAAAUGGGAGAAUAACAUGGCAUGGCCAGGAAAACUUACUUUGACUGAUAAUGCACUCUACUUUGAGAGAGUUGGCUUGGCCGGGCAAAAGGGUGUUGCAAGACUGGAUCUUACAAGACCUGGCUCACGAGUGGAGAAAACAAGGGUUGGUCCUUUGGGAUCUGAUAUUUUCGACUCUGCUAUUUCUGUCUCUGCUGGUGCAGAGUCCAAUACUUGGGUACUUGAAUUUGUGGACUUGGGAGGUGAAAUGAGACGGGAUGUGUGGUAUGCAUUUAUUUGCGAAGUUAUUGCUUUACACAAGUUUGUACGGGAGUUUGGACCAAAUGAUGGCGAUCAAUCAGUUUAUAAUGUGUAUGGUGCUCACAAAGGGAAGGCUAGGGCUACUGCUUAUGCUAUUAACAGUAUUGCCAGACUACAGGCUCUUCAAUUUAUGCGGAAGGUCUUGGAAGAUCCCAUUAAACUCGUUCAAUUCUCAUAUUUGCAAAAUGCGCCUUAUGGUGAUGUCGUUUGCCAAACUCUAGCCGUAAAUUGUUGGGGUGGCCAAUUGGUUACAAAAUUUUCGGAGGAAGUGUUCGUACCAGGUCAAGGUGUGAGAACAUCCAAUGAAGUAUCAGAGAGUCAAAGUCACGUGUUUGAUAUAGAUGGAAGUGUCUACUUGCGGAAGUGGAUGAGAUCUCCAUCGUGGGAUUCUAGUGCUUCGGCUGCUUUUUGGAAGAACUCUUCUGUAAGACAAGGGGUAGUGUUGAGCAAAAAUCUUGCUGUGGCUGAUAUGACUUUGGUUGAAAACGCAGCAAUUACAUGCAAAGAAAGAUACAGGGAGGUGGAGAAAACACAAGCCACAAUCUAUGCCGCAAUGCUUGAAGGAAUACCCAGUAACAUUGAUCUUUUCAAGGAACUUGUGCUUCCUUUGACUGUCACUGCCAAAAGUCUUGAUAAGCUUAGACGCUGGGAGGAGCCACACUUGACGGCUGCUUUUCUUGCAUUUGCAUAUGCUAUUGUUUUCAGAAACUUGCUUUCAUAUAUAUUCCCAACGAUGUUGACGAUCUUGGCGGCAGGCCUGUUAUUACUAAAGGGCCUGAGGGAACAAGGCCGCCUUGGAAGAUAUUUUGGAAAAGUCACAAUACGAGAUCAACCACCAUCAAAUACAAUUCAAAAGAUCAUAGCUCUCAAAGAGGCUAUGCGUGAAGUGGAAAAGUAUCUCCAGAAUCUAAAUGUUUCGCUUCUGAAAAUACGUACCAUCUUUGUUGCCGGCCAACCUCAGAUAACGACAGAGGUUGCUCUGAUCCUGCUAAUGAGUUCAGCAAUUCUCCUCGUUGUUCCUUUCAAGUACAUUCUUGGUUUCCUUCUCUUUGAUGUCUUCACCCGUGAGCUCGAGUUCAGGAGAGAAAUGGUGAUGAGGUUCAGGACACUGCUCAAGGAGCGUUGGGAUGCCGUGCCUGCUGCCCCAGUGGUUGUUUUACCAUACGAGGGCGACGAGACCAGGGCACCAAAUCAAACGAGAGAAAUCGACAAUAUUGAAACCGGGAUCAACUAAAAACGGGCUUAAGGUGAGUUUAUUUUUGUCAUGUUACAUGGAUAGAUCUGUAGUACCUCUUCAACAACAAUUAAAGAAGUUGUCUGAAACAGAAAGGAUGUUAACCAAAUCGCAGUAACAAAUUUGAACAACAAUUUAUAGAAGUUGUCUGAAAAUCUGUUGGUCUUUUGUCGUUGGUGGAAGUUCUUGGUAAAUAGCAGGUGUUGCAAAGCAUAGUGGUUAUAGUCUACCUUAUCAAACAUGUAAAAGAAUCCCGUUUCACGUGUCAAUUGAUUGGGACUUAAGGCUCCGUUUGGUUUUGGUU